AUGGCAAAGGAAGAAAGGAUCAGUGCCAGGUCCACACUCUGGUAUUUAGUGUUUGUGGGCUUCGCCGUGAAUUACAUGAUCCGCAUCAACACCAACAUUACGAUCGUGGCGAUGAUCAAGCAGUCGGACACGGAGUUUGUCGGCGAGGUGAAGGUAGACUACGCCUGUUAUGUUCCACAGGCCAACAGCACCGCCGCGGAGUUAACCACCGUCAACCAAGGAUCCCAAAGCUUGUUACGAUCGCGCGAAGGUCGUAUCAUUUCACCGGAACAGUUGCUGCUCACACUGUUCAACCUGGACCCGCAGAAGGAAGGUUUCGACUGGGAUGACUAUCAGCAGGGUUUGAUUUUGGGGGCAUUCUACUGGCUUCACUGGAUCACACAAAUACCGGGUGGAAUUCUAGCACGGCGCUACGGUACGAAGCUGGUGUUUGGGGCGAGUAACGUGAUCGGAUGCUGGAUGUGUUUUCUGAUGCCGAUCGCCUCGUACUGGGACUAUCGUGUGCUGGUCAUACUGCGCGUGCUGCAGGGUCUCGUAUGCGGUCUUGCUUGGCCAGCGAUGCACCAUAUGGCCGGCCAGUGGAUACCACCGAACGAACGCAGCAAGUUUGUGACGGCGUAUCUGGGCAGCUCGGUCGGAGUGGCUCUGAACUUCCCACUCUUCGGGUACAUCAUCGCGUGGUCAUCCUGGGAGUAUGUGUUUCACUUCUGCGGCAUCUUCGGCACGGUGUGGUACGUGGCGUGGCUGUACUUCGUGUACGACUCACCGGCCGAACAUCCUCGCAUCCAUCCGAACGAGCGUAAGUAUAUUGAAAGUUCGCUUGGAAUCACGGAACAGUCGGCGGAGCGUCGGGACCAGCAGGACGGGCAACGCACUCCGUGGAGACGGAUCAUACUGUCCAAAGCGAUGUGGAUCACGAUCAUCGCACAGUGGGGCGGAAUCUGGGGUCUGUUCACGCUCAUGACGCAAGCCCCAACGUACUUCAACAACGUGCACGGAUGGAACAUCGAGAUGACGGGUUUGCUGUCGGGCAUUCCGCACCUGUGCCGCAUGCUGUUUGCGUACGUGUUCUCCAUCGUUGGCGAUCAUCUGCUGAAGCACGAGCUAAUGUCCCGGACCGGCGUACGCAAGAUGGGCGGUGCGCUGUGCUGUUUCGUCAAUGGGAUAUUUGUGUUCAUUCUGGCCUACUGCGGGUGUAACUCGUUCAUGGCGACCAUAUUCCUCACGCUUGCAACGACCGUCCAUGGUGCAGUCUCGACCGGACCGCUGGCAAAUCUGGUCGACAUGAGUCCGCGAUAUGCGGGCAUCCUGUUAGGUGUUAGCGGUAUGAUCACGGUAGUGCCGGGAUUCAUAUCGCCCAUCAUUGUCGGAAUGCUUGGCAACCACACCGUGGAACAAUGGAGGAUAAUUUUUCUCAUCAGUUCCGGCAUGCUUGUUAUCUGUGGACUUCUCUACAUGGCUUUUGCGGACUCCACCCAACAGCCGUGGAAUUCUUGCGAAGAUCUACCCAGUGCAGCUGGCAGCAUUCAGGCAGAUGAGCUGCAAGGACUUAAGACAUCCAAUCUCGAUGGGAAUUGGAAUGAAUCCAAAGAAAAGCUCGAGAUGGACACACGAGUGAACGAUUCUGGUGUCGUACGUUUAAGCUCAGUUUAG